GUACUUGACACUCGGGAGUCCCGGACCUCGCCGGGUGGGAAGAGCUGUUUAUAUAAACAGGGAUUCCACGGUAGAUGCCCUAAUAUCUCGGCAGCCAGUGCAUGGCGUGCGCCUCUCACGCCCACCCAUAGGAGCGGCGUCCCCGUCCGCCCCUCGGUUCCCAGCCUGCCCUGCCCCCGCCUCCUUCCCCUCCUCGGCCAUGGCUACCUCUGGACGCCUCGGCUUCACCGUGCGCAGGCUCCUGGACUUACCGGAGCAGGACGCGCAGCACCUGCGGAGGCGGGAACCCGAGCUACGCGCCCCCGGCCCCUACGCCACCUGGCUGGAAUCGGAGCGCGGCCACUACCCCUCCUCGGACGAGAGCAGCCCAGAGGCCAGCCCGCGGGACUCGUCGCAGCGGCCGUCCGCUCGGCCUGCGUCUCCGGGCUCGGACGCCGAGAAGAGGAAGAAGCGGCGGGUGCUGUUCUCCAAGGCGCAGACGCUGGAGUUGGAGCGGCGCUUCCGGCAGCAGCGCUACCUGUCAGCGCCAGAGCGCGAGCAGCUGGCGCGCCUGCUGCGCCUCACGCCCACGCAGGUCAAAAUCUGGUUCCAGAACCAUCGCUACAAGCUGAAGCGCGCGCGCGCGCCGGGAGCCGCGGAGGCGCCCGACUUGGCAGCGGCGGCCGAGGUGCGCGCCGCGCCCGGCCUGCUGCGCCGCGUGGUGGUUCCCGUGCUGGUGCGCGACGGGCAGCCGUGCGGCGGCAGCGGCGAGGUGGGCACGGCCGCCGCCCGGGACAAGAGCGGCGCGCCCCCGGCAGCCGCCUGCCCUCUGCCAGGCUACACCGCCUUCGGUCCCGGCUCGGCGUUCGGCCUCUUCCCCGCCUACCAGCACUUAGCGUCCCCCGCCCUGGUCUCCUGGAACUGGUGA